AUGAUUUCCUCUAAGAGGCUGUCCACGGGCCUCAUAGGAACGCACCAAAACCAGGACAUCGCAAGCACAGGCGCGCAGACCCAGACCCUGGCCCCGGCCCGGCUGCAGGGCCGGGCUCCCCACAUCGACAAGGACACCGGAGCUGCCUCGAGAUGCAGAGAGGGCUGCGAAGAGCUGCCUUUGUACUCAGAGCCAGACGCGGCCUACGGGACGGGACCGCCACGUCUGGGGCUUGCGGGCUGCAGGGCGGCGCGGCACGCGUGGGUACACUCUGCGGGGGCGGGCUGCGGCCGCGGGGAACAGCGGCGAGCAGAGGGGGGCCCGCGGGAAAUGCGGUACUGCCCAGCCGCGCCGAGAAGACGGGGAAGGCGAGGCCGGAACACACCCUUCUCUGCACGCCUCGGAGCUCCCCGCCAGUUGGGGAGGGCAGGAGGCUCAGGCCGGAGCCGGGCAGGGGACACCUCCGCCCCCGCCCGGGAGUCCUGUCAGGCCGGCGCCGCGGCGCUCACCGCCGACCCACGGGCUAGCCACGGCCUGACGGGGCCUGGCCCCGGGGCGCCGCCCGCCUGCGGCCCGGUCUCCGCCGUCGCCACACAUGCCCCUCUGAAGAACCCGGCGCGAUGAGAUGAACGUAAGCCGGCCGGGCACGGUG